UACUCGAUAGGGCAUUGUUGCAGAAUAUUUAUAUCUGUUUGCUCAAAGAGGAUAUUGAAACACCUUUGUUCCAUCUGCUAGGAUCAUUUAGUUGCAAGACUUUACAGGGUUAUGCAGUCGUAAUGGGGACUGGCAGGAGACUUAGCGUCUUGCUUUUUGUGAUCUUUGGACUGUGGAAGUCUACGGACUGCAGCCUUUUGACAAGACUGCAAGGACCGACUGAUAUUGACGAGAUUGUGGAAGACAAAAAAGACGAUGUUGUUUUUCAAAAAGGACACCCUGUGAAUUGGGAGGGAACAAAUUUUUCCGAUGAGCAAGCUAUCGGGAAAACACUGUUGAACUGGAAUGCUGAUGAGACAGCGCAGCUGAAAUCAACUCCAAAACAGAGAAUGAAGAGAAGCUACGGGUACGGAGGGGGAAGAGGAGGAGGAGGAAGGGGAAGGGGCGGUGCUGCAGGAGGUAGAGGAGGAUAUGGAUACGGGGGAGGAGGAGGAGGUGGAGGUUAUGGAGGGUAUAGUGGAGAAGGACGAGGAGUAGGAAGAGGAAGAUACAGAGAUGGCUACGGAAGGGAUGUAGCAUAUGGAAAUAACAAUGACUGCUAUAGACCUAGUAGCCCCAUCACCUAUAAGAUAGACGUGAAAGUUGUAGGAAAACCUAAAAGGCCCAGCAAACCUAAGUCAAUUUCUAUGAAAUCUAAACCGAAAAAGUACAGCCGAUCCAGUGCUUCCAGUUUGUCUGCUAGUAGGAGCAAGCCGACGAAGAAGGGAACAAAAGGGAGGUAUUGGAGAAGAAGAUAGAGAUUAACACAUUUAUUUGUGGUGUGAAUUGAUGGAAAAUAAAUGAAAUGUGCUGAAGUGAAUUUCGAAAUAAAUAAAUUAUGAGUUGGCAUUGAAUA